UUUGGGCGGGUUUUGGGGGCGCUGCCGUUGAGACCGCUGAGACCCCCCCGACCUGCCUGCAAAAAUCGAUCCGCAAAAGGGAGUAGUGCAGCAGAGAGUUCUUUCCGUGAUGUCCUCGCUGCUGGAAAUGAAAAUGUGCCGCUUUUACCACUCGUGUGUGUUACACUAGUCAAAAAGUGUCGGCCCUGUGGACUAACCUGUGACUUCGCCAGACUAUCAACAUGACCAAGGACAGGCUCGCCGCCCUAAAAGCGGCACAAGGUGAAGACGACGUUUCUGUCACAGUAGAAGAUGGGGCAAACUUCAUGGAAGAAUUCUUUGCGGAGGUGGAGGAGAUUCGGGAGAACAUCGACAAAAUACAAGCAAAUGUCGAAGAAGUCAAGAAAAAACACAGUGCCAUUUUAUCGGCUCCACAGACUGAUGAGAAAGUCAAGCAUGAGCUGGAGGACCUUAUGGCCGACAUCAAGAAGACUGCCAACAAAGUUCGGGCCAAGUUAAAGGUCAUGGAACAGAACAUCGAACAGUUGGAACAGACGCAGAUGAUGUCCGCAGACUUCAGGAUACGCAAGACACAACACUCAAUGCUGUCUCAGAAGUUUGUGGAAGUGAUGACAGACUACAACAAAACCCAAACAGAUUACAGGGAGCGGUGCAAGGCCCGCAUUCAGCGGCAACUAGAAAUCACUGGGCGUAUGACAACCAACGAAGAACUUGAAGAGAUGUUGGAGAGUGGGAACCCUGCCAUCUUUACACAAGGAAUCAUCAUGGAGACCCAGCAGGCAAAGCAGACCCUGGCAGACAUCGAGGCCCGUCAUGCAGACAUCAUCAAGCUGGAGACGAGCAUUCGAGAGCUACACGACAUGUUCAUGGACAUGGCCAUGCUCGUAGAGAGCCAGGGAGAGAUGAUUGACAGGAUUGAAUACCACGUAGAGCACGCACGGGACUACAUCGAGACUGCCAAGCAGGAUACCAAAAAAGCACUCGUCUACCAAAGCAAGGCCCGAAGGAAGUGCAUCAUUAUAAUCUCCAUCGUGGCUGUGAUACUCAUCAUUAUAAUCAUAAUCCUCGCCGUGCAAUUGUCGUGAGGAACCAGAACAACCUGGACAACAAACGGGAGGAGGCUACGCAGUGUUCGAGAGUGGGCACGCAGAUGCUGACAGUGCGAAAAACAUUCAUUGUCCCUCGGCUCUCCCUCCUUCCUCUCCUGGGCACAGCAUAUUCAUCAUGCCCAGCGACAAUCGUGCGUGCCACCUCAAGCGUUUGGCUACCCGUGCUAAUUGCUGAAUGAUAUUUUUUUUCUUUAGUUACGCUAUGUUCUUUUGUUGUUGUUUUUUCGUUUGACCAAGCUCAGAUGUAUAAGCAGUUGCCUUCCUUUUCUUCAUUGGUCUGCCGCAGAAUUCAGCUAUCUCUGUAUUAUUCGCGGGCAGGCCCCGACUAUUGUCCAAAGUACGUGUAACGCUUUAGCGUAAUGCUCCUCCGCUAUUGUCUGUAACGAGGAUGUGCUUACGAAACGUGCAUAUGCUCUGGUGCUUUUCUUCAACAACAAGCGAUUCCUUCUCACAGAAACUGAGCAGGGCAAUCACUUCAGAGUGUUAUGCAAGCAUCACAACUGCCCUGGCCAAGGAACAGUGCUCUGAAUUCGCUUGCUGAAGUUUGGCGAACUGUUUGGUUGAGGAAGGUUCGAUGAUACAUGGAUUGGCACUUUGUAGGCACAUCGGAGGGAUGAUGCGAGAAUAGGAAGGGUAUGAAUGUGAACAGCACUUUGUGACACAGAGCCUAAAUCAAAAACAAGGAAGGUCGGCCUUUUUUUGUUUCUUGUGCCAAAAUGAACCGUUUAAUGUGUCCCGUCGGCUGAUUUAACCCACCGCUAAGAAAAAUUGCAUUGGGCAGAAAUGAUUCAUUGAGACUAAACUUACGCUCUGGCUUUGAUUCAUGCUGAAUGGCAGAGUACCCAGUGGAUCAUGUGUGUAAUCAUAUAGAGUGAGCACAUAUGUAUGUGUAUGCAUAUGGCGUCCUUUUUCAAUUGUUCGAGAAGUGAUGUUUGAGAGGUGACAAAAGAAGAGAUGCGGGACACAAAGGUGUGGUGCAUGGGGCCUUUUUAUACUUGGGGUCUCUUUUUGGAAGCAUGAAACAUGUGAAUAGAGUGUGUUAUGGAAAAAUUCUCUCAUUUUUCUGCUGCAUUAGCUUAUCACAUAUUUGGUAAAUACAUUAUAUCGAGGUAUCAGUUUAGCUUCAGCUCUCUCAUUGUGUCAUUUUUAGGAGUCUUGUAUGUGUACACAUAGGCAUAGGAAGGGGGGCGCCAGCUUGUCACAGCGCCCCUCUUCUCUGUUAAGUCGCUGUAUGGGGCAGACUUUGAACCCCUCUCCCCCAUUCCCUUCAUAGGUGACUUGGGGGAGGGGAGGGCAACCGCUCCCUUAGCUGCCCCCCUUCGUGCACACGCCUGUGAGUGUACAGAGUGGGCUUCACAACUGUAUACCUGAUUGAAGUCUAUAUAAACCAUCGUUGACUGAAAUACAACCUUCAGUUGGCUGUAUGCAGCUUGUGUGAACACCCGCGGCCACGUCUGUGUAGAGCGCGCGAGAAGCCGGUUUUUGCUCUGUGGGUCAAAACCUUGAGGGUGUUUCGGGCUCUGAAGUAGUGUAACAGGAGAAUGUGAGGCCUAGUUGUCAGGCUGAGCAUGCCACAGCCCGAUACUGCCUCAAGGUUUCAAGCCGCAGAACGAAAACAGGCUGCUCGCGUGCUGCCACUGUACAUAAGUUCCAGUGUAUGUAAAUUCACUAGUGAGUUAACCGCAGUGCAGCAAACUUGACUGAAAUAAAAGGUAGCUAUAAUGAGUUAUAGCGAGCAGAGGAACAAAAGAGCAAUAUUUCGACACGAAAAAGACAUUCCCGAAUAAUCAAAAAAGCAAUUGCAAUGUAUACACAUAGGCUUUGUAGUUGCAUUUGCCAGUUUCAACAAGAAUCAGAUCAGGGUUCUUCGAUCAAAGUCGUUUAAACAAAAGUGGACAGGCACUUCGCCAUUCAGUUGGUAAAUACACUGCUAUGGUUGGGUACAACUUCAGAAAUUGAGGGCAUUUUCAGCGUGAUUGCAUAUGCCCUCAAACUUGCAUCAGUGAGAGUGCACUGAUGUCGUAAGCCGAACAGUUGGCGACUCCCACUGUUGGAGAACAUUACCGAGUACAUGAGCGAGACUGUCUUCAGACGUGGAAGCGUCGAAGCAAUCAACUGACACACUUUGGUAAUCUGGACAAGGCCUGUCUCGGCUUUUUAGGUUGUGUACUACUAUUAGUACCCUUUUGUCAUCACAGUACGGCUAGGGAAAAGCAGCAUGUCAAUCAAGAAUGACAGGCAAAUUCUGUGUAGUCUGUCUUCACUGAACCUUUGAUGUAGUUGAGCUACUGAAAUUUGGCUGUAGCACCACAUUUAUCAGUAGACAACACUAGUUUUUCAAUCUUUGCAUAUAUGGCUUACUGGCAAAGCAAGCCUGACACAUUUGCUGGCAAAUAUAACAUUGUGUAUGCUUUAUGUUCCUAUUUAUGCACGGCGUUUAGCACAACAUCUAGCACGCAUACAAAAUAAAUCGGUCCCUUAUUGUUUCGGUAGGCUUGGCUUAAAGCUUUACGAGGCGCAGUCACUUACUAGUCGCAAUACAAGGUUCACAAACUGCCGUGCUUUUUGUCUUUGUGUUUUCUUUUGUUUUUUAUGUGACUGCAGUUUUCUGCCAUUAUCUUGAUGCAUGAGGUCAAGUGCUUUGGUCAAGUGCUUUGUGAACAGGUUUUUGUUUUUGAAUGGUUGACACUUAUUAUGGAGCCAGCAUUAUAAUUUUCUCUUUAUCCCUGUGUCUCUCAUAUUUUCGGUGUUUCACCUCUAGCAUAACUUUUCAGAUUUCUGACUUGUUUAUUUUUAUCAUUUUUUUUUUGCGUGCUUGUUCGUCAAGAACUCCAACAUGAGGGACUGUGCUCCCUGUAUAGUAAAGCGCUGCUUUCAUUUGUGCUUUCUUCAGAGUCGUAUUUUAAGAAGAGUGUAUAGUGUGGCUAAAGUACGGGUGCUCAUAGUUACGGUGCUUGCACGUCCUGUGGACACACUCACACAUACAAACAAAAAUUUUUUGGUGAUCUUUGGCACUGCCAUUAUGAACAAAUCUUUUUUAGUGUAGCUAUAUAGUUGGAGUCUACACCAAAGCGUGUCGUUCUCAAUCCAUUUGUUAUUUAGUGCACACUCCUUUGUGUUGGCAGUAUGCUCGUGCUUUCAGUGUUGUCGCUUCUUUUCACAAGUUACCCACACGGUGCAGGUUAUCUUCGAUGUUUUUCUAUCAUUUUGGUUGUUUUUUUUUGCUGUUUGACAACUAUCUUUCUAAAAUAUCUCGACCUUUUUGCAUAACAUGGUCUGGAUUUCUUGGCAUGCUGGGCAUUAUGCAUGAUGUGAGACUGCUAACUACUGCAUGACUGCCGAGUGCUGCAGUUAAGUGGUUCGAGGUGCACAGUUAUUUCUGAUAUUGCUGCAUAAGAGGGACAUCAUUGAGCUCCUUCAAUGAUGUUUUAGCAAUUCACUGCUCGUGCAUUGACUGUUCAGCUUUUCAACAGAGUUCUUGGGCACACGUCAUUAACAGGGACACCCGUGUAACAAUGAAAGGAAACUUUGCGCGUCGAUGCACGAUAUGACCAUGGUCGUCAGCCUCUCAAUCAGUCUGAACGCUUUCAGAGCUUGUUGGCCUUCCUUGCUUGGAGUUCAGCAGUCCAGUAACAUGUGCAUGAGCUUAGCCAUCUCGGUUGUGUUAGAUUCAGACAAGAAGGCGAUAUGUGCUUGCCAGACCCCGUGCAUGGUUUAGUGACAUGAACUAAGCGUUGGAGACUCAGAUUCUACAGCACCUGACAACUUGUCUAAAAACCUGCAAUUCCUUAGGAAUGCAGGGUAGUUGAAGCUUGUGUAGUCAAUGCGCCUUUGUGUGAAAAAUGCACGUUUGGUUAUGACAGGGGGAAAAUAAUUGCUUGAUGUACCUGCUUGUUGGUAAUUCUAGGUGUUAUCCCAGUUGUAUUGUCUCUGCCAUUAGUGAAAACAUAAAUCUAGAUACACUGUAGUUUUGUGUCAGUGGCACAAGCCUUUCUUUGGUGGAAGUACUAGUUAUAUGAUACAUGGCUUGGCUGCUGCUUGGCUAGCAAUGGGAAAAUUGCUGCUGUACUCAGAUUUGUGACCAAUCGAUGUGAAUUUGUGACUUUGCUUACCCGUUUUCUUUUAAGAAAAAACUGUCGUGUAAUUUUUGAAACUUUUAGUCUGUGUUGAUUGCCGUGUCUGUUCCUUUUUUUUAGGUUUUUUUUUCUCAUUUCUUUUUUGUGUCCAUAACUCGUCUAGGCUGUCGGUAAUAGCUAUUCUGUGUGCCAGAAGAAAAAUGUAUGUGCAUAUAUAUAAAUACAGUAUAUAUACAUUUUA